AUGUCGAAAGCGUUGCCGCUGAUGGAUCCGGCGACCAACACCGAAACAGAUCCGGUUGAGGCCAAGAGAAUUCUGCGCGAGGUUGACUGGCGCAUCAUCCCCUUGCUGCAGUUUCUCUACAUGCUGACUUUUCUCGACCGAGUCAACAUUGGAAACGCUCGACUCUGGAACUUGGAGAAAGACUUGGAUAUGAGCGGCUACCAGUACAACAUUGUCGUACUCGUCUUUUACAUCCCUUACAUCAUCCUCGAACUGCCUGCGAACUACGUCUUCAACCGUGUCGAGCCUCGCAAGUUCAUAGGUGUCAUCAUGUUCGGAUGGGGCUUGACAAUCACAUUUGCUGGAUUCUGCCACAACUUUGCCGGACUGCUCGUUUCCCGCAUCUUCGUCGGCAUCUUCGAGUCCGGCAUGUUCCCCGGCUGCAUGUACCUGAUCUCCGGCUGGUACAGGCGGCACGAGCUGCUCACCCCCAUGGCCUUCUUCUUCGUCGCCAACGACAUCGCCGGCACCAUCUCGGGCCUGCUGGGCGCCGGCCUGGGCUCGCUCGACGGCGUGCGAGGCAUCUCGGGGUGGCGGUGGAUCUUCUUCAUGGAGGGGACCGUCACGUGCCUGGCCGCCCUGCUCGCCUGGGUCUAUGUCCCGCCCUUCCCGGAGGACAGCACCUUUCUCACCGAGGCCGAGAAGCAGUGGGCCAUCCGCCGGCUUCAGGCCGACAACCGUGGCAUGCCGCACGACAAGAUGACGGCCAGGGGCGUCGUCGACUCGCUCAGGGACUGGAAGGUCCUCAGCAGCGGCGUGCUGUACUUGGCCGUCUGCACGACUGCGUACUCCAUCUCCGUCUUCCAGCCCACCAUCUUGCGUACCUUUGGAUGGGGCGACCUGAAGUCGAACCUGCUGUCUGCGCCGCCUCGUGUUGCUUCUGGCAUCGUCUCGGUUGCUCUUGGGAUCUGGUCUGACCGGAUCCAAAGGCGAGGCAUCUUCUGCGUCUUUGGCUUUUCUCUCAGCAUCAUAGGUUUGUUCCUUGUGAUGUUCUUGACUGGCGCGAUGAGAUACAUCGGUAUCUACUUUGCUGCCAUUGGCAUCUACAUUGUUCAGCCUCUCUCGAUUUCAUGGUGCUCGACGAAGCGAGGUACCAUCGCUGCUUAUGCCGGAUCAGUUGGCCAGCUGGGUGGCAUCAUCUCGGCUGUCGUCUUCCCUUCCAAGGACGGGCCCCAGUACGUCCCCGGUAUUUCUACAUGCAUCGCGUUCCAGAUUUUGGGCAUCAUUGCCGCCGCCAACAUGUGGAUCUGCUGUGCAUACGAGAAUAGGCAGCGCGAUCUUGGAAAGCGAGACUAUCUCCGUCAGCUGCCUCAAGAGGAACAGGACAAGCUUGGCGAGAACCAUCCCGACUUCCGCUAUACUCUAUAA